CGCGUGGUGGGCGGCGGCGCUGCUGAGUUCCUCGCGCUGAGGCUGGCGCUAUGAAGCGGAGCGCGCGCCCCGCAGGGGACGGGCAGAAGGCUGAGACCAAAGAGGAAUUUGUUAAAGUCAGGAAGAGAGAUUUGGAGAGACUGACAACUGAAGUGAUGCAGUUACGAGACUUCCUGCCUCGAAUACUGAAUGGAGAUGUCUUGGAGAGCUUCCGGAAAUUGGAUGUUAUUGAAACAAACAUGGAGAAAAGAGAACAAGAACUAGAGCAGGUGAGAAUGGAUUGUGAACACUUCAAAGCCCGUCUGGAAACAGCCCAAUCAGAUUGCAUGAGGGAGAAAAAGGAGAAAUUAGCCCUUCGACAGCAGCUGAAUGAGGCAAGACAGCAACUACUGCAACAGGCAGAAUAUUGUACAGAAAUGGGAGCUGCAGUCUGUACUUUGUUAUGGGGUGUCUCUAGCAAUGAGGAAGCAGUUAAAAACAUUCUAGGAGGGAGCAAAGCAGUAAAGUUUUUCACAAUUACGGGACAAACUAUGGAGAGCUUUGUGAGGUCAUUAGGUGAAGAUACCAAACACCAAGAUCUGGAUUCUGAUGAAAAUCAGUUUGUAUUAGCUUUGGCAGGCAUUGUGACAAAUGUUGCUGCAUUGGCGUGUGGCCGUGAAUUCCUGGUUAAUUCAAGUCAGGUGGUGUUGGACACAAUGAUGCAGCUUCUGGGAGACAUGAAGCCAGGACUCUGUACCAAACUGAAAGUGCUAAUUCUGAUGUCACUGUACAAUGUGAGCAUCAACGUGAAAGGCUUGAAGUACAUUAGUGAAAGUCCAGGUUUUAUUCCAUUACUUUGGUGGCUAUUGAACGACCCAGAUACAGAAGUGUGUCUGCAUGUUCUACGGCUUCUCCAGUCUGUGAUUCUAGAGCCAGAAGUUUUAGCAAAGUCAGCACCUGAGAUGCGUGACACCUUGCCAUUUCAACGUAUCAUAGCACUGUCAAAGAGCCGCAACGCAGAGCUGCAAACACUGGCGCAAGAACUGCUUGAAGACCUCAAAAUCCUAGAGUGUGAAGUGUAGAGACAUAGUCAUUGGAGUAUUAUGACAUCAAUUGUUUACUUUUUCCCCAUAUUUUUAUGCUGCAAGGGUAUGCAAAAUAUUAUUGCAGAUUAAAAAUAUACAUAUUGAGUAAUUAGGAGAGAUGGACUUGGAUUGAAUCAUUUCAAUCUGUCUAGUUACCUGUAUCAGAAUCCCUGCCUGAAGCCAGAUAACCCAAUCCAAAUAAUAUUUGGAAAAAAAGCAUGUGGUGUUUGUUAGGUGCCUGAACAUAAUCCUAGAAGAGCUCCCAGAAGAAUGACAGGUUUAAUUUAUUUCAUAGGGUUUUGUUGGUAACGUGUUUCAAAAGUGACCCAAACCAUCUGACCCGUUGGUGAUACAUCAGGAAUAAAAUAAUCAUCUGAACUAUAUCUUUAUUUUCAAGGAUAGCCCCAACCUUUCUGGUCCCGUUCAGCCCAUCUCUAAUAAUUAGUAUGCUAAAAGUAAACUUUGAUGCUUUUUAUAACUCUAGUGUUUCAGAAGACAUAAGAAAUUUCAUUUUUAUUACUAUUUCUUUUCUCUGUCCUUUCUAAUCAACGACAAUUGGAGUUGUGUGGAGUGUAUUAGAUUCUGCUUUAGAAUUUUUCAUUCAAAUUCAGUGGAGGUGCUAGAGAACUGAGUUUGCAGCUGCCGUGAAUAAUAGCCACUGAGCUUCCCAUAGGCCCUGCAGAAGGGAAAAGAUUGCUGUGGUCUCAGUAUACCUAGUUCCAUAGCCAAAGAGGCUAAAAUUAAUUACUGCUCUGUCAUGAGCACUGGUGUAUUUAUUUGAAAUUCUCAUUAUUUAUUAGGGCUAAGCUUGCUUUCCUCAAUUAAAAAAACCCCAAACCGGCUAUAUUAUAUACUUUGUAAUGCUGUGAUUUAUGUCUGUAAUAACGCUGUCAUUUCCAGUUUUCUUGUGUUUGUAACAUAGCUUGCAAUGUGACAAUGUUGGAGACAGUGACAGAGAAGAUAUACUUUUAUAGAAACAACAACUUCCUUUUACCCACUGGUGUUAUGGUUCUUCACCAGUGAAGCCCAUUGUCUGUGCAGAAGACUCAGAACACAAUCUUCUGAAAUCAAUUUUAGCCAGUUUUGUUGUUGUGUCUUGCAUCUGCAUCAUGCGGCAGCAUUUUUUUGUUAUUCAAAUAGCACAAGACAAAAACCAAUGACAAGCUUAGAAGUUCCAUCCCUGUUCAGCAAAGCACUCAACAUAGGCUUAACUUUGAUUUGGGAUUUAAGCACAGGCUAAAAGUUAAGCACACAUUUAAGUGAUUUGCUAAAGUGGGGCCUCAGUGCCACUGAACUCGUUGAUGACACAUUGCCACAUAAUUGGUUACAUGAAAUCAAGUGCAAGUCCAGUCAAAUACAUAAAAAGAAUCCUGUAGCAGCUACUUUUUAAUAUAUAUACAAAGUUGUUCUGCUUAGGGUGGAGUCGUUAGAAUAAAUGCAUUUUGUCCCUUACUUAGCUAUUAUGGCUAAUGGGUCGUUUUACAGCUGAGGAACUGUAAAAUGCAUUAGAUAAAGACAUAGUUGCACGAGCUGCCGUGAAAAGGGGUUUCGCACAAUGCUACAAAUAUUCAAUGCUAGAAAAUUUAGUAGAAAUGGAUGUAAAGCUCCUCAUUGCAGAAAUUUGCCAAUAUACUAAAAAAUUCAAUUGAUCCUAAUUAGCACUGAAUGAAAAAAAUACAAUAUAUAAACUUCCCAGAAUACAGGCCAUAAAUCAAAGGGUUAUCACAAAAUAUGAGACUGAUACCACAAAUGAGGUUAGAUAGGGGUGGGUAAAAGAAAGAGAUGAGGAGCACUUAGUGGGAGUCAUACUAUUUCUGAUCCAAGAAUAUACAAUACUCACUAUGUGUAGAUGUUAGAGUAAAAUCUCAUAAGUAUUAAAAUACAUUUUCUUUGGAUUUGUUUUCUUACCUUGACCAAACCCCAUCCCAUGAUGAAAUCAAAAUGGUGAUAGCCUGUAAUUUCCUGGACUAUCAACUCAAGAAAGUGUUUCAUUUUAAAGUAUAGUAAAAGGCAAAAAACAAAGUCUAAUCAGAUACUGUACUUAUCAACUGAGGGGUGUUCUCCCAUUAACGUUUUUAAUCAAACCAUUGGAAGCCAGUAAGCAACAGAAAAAAAAAGUGUGUGUGAGUGUGUGCGCAUAGGCACGCACAGCACUUCCAUCCACAUUGGAGGCUUUGGUAAAAACCUUACAACUUUAUCUUAUGGUACCUAGUGUUACUAAAGCUGGGAGCUCACCAUUUGAAGCACUGUGUCAGUUACACCUGCUCUGAAUUGAAUGUUUUUGUAGUGAACAGUCUUCAUUUAGUGCCUUGAUUCAUCUCCAUGUGACCAGUACUGGAAAUUAAGCAGUUAAUCUGAUAGUGAGCAUCAGUACAUCUCCCAGCUCCUUUUCUCCAAGAUUUAACUUGCUGGGGCUAUGGUCCCUCAUAGUCAGACGUAAUGCUAUGGAGCCACCAACUUUGAGGAAAUACCCGUUUAGUUUUAAAAGUUUAAUUAUGCUAUUUUAAUAAAUAAGUAAAAGUAUAGCUGGCUCUGUAAAACUCACUGAAUCUUCUGAAACACUUGAAUUAUGAAAAACUCCAGAAACAAUGAUAAAACAGAUAACGUUUUAAGAUCGCUAUUACAUUUUUAAACAAGUUGUUUUUAUUGAAGCGUUCAACCUGUUUAUUACAGUUCUUAGUGAAGUUGUUGUUCAUUACUUGGUUUUAUGCAAAAGAAAAGGUAUUUUGUUUGGGUUUUGUUGGUGCAAAGGAAAUGAUAGUUCAGUAUAUUGCUUUUUUCAGUUCACACAAAAAAGUUUCAAAGACUCAAAAGGACUGAACUAUUUUGAAGUCAGAGGAACCUGUUUUAAAUUUUGUUUUUCAUGGAAGCCUUCACUCUGUAAAUAUUGUGGUGCAAUAAAUAGCACCUUACUAACUGUAGUGCUUAUCAAUAGCUUUAUAUCUUGUUGCUGUCUUUUUCUUCCUGUAUCCCAGAUUCAGUAGGCCCAGGAGUCAACCUCCUUCUCCAGAUUGCUGAGACCUUGAAGCAAUCUGUUACUGGUUACAUUUAAUAGAACCUUUUGUAGUGGGAGUAAAGUCUGAUGACUUCCAAACACAGAUCAUCUGACACACCCUAGUUCUAGUUGUUUUCGGUUUUGAUGUCCAUUUCACUAGUUAAUAAAAUAGGGCAAACAGUUUAUCUUAUCUAGUGUUACUAAAGAUGGGAGCUCAUCAUUUGAAGCACUGUGUCAGCUACACCUGCACUGAAUUGAAUGUUUUUGUAGUGAAUAGCCUUUAUUUAGUGUGUUGAUUUAUCUACAUGUGACCAGUACUGGAAAUUAAGUAGUUAGAUUAUUGUGCCUCCCCCACCCCCCAAAAAAUUAUACAUUUUAGGGAGUUUAUAAAUAAGGGAAAGAAGCUGGCUUUAUUGAAAUAAAUGGAUGUUACUCAAAGGACUUUGAAGUGUGUGCCAUUUUUUUCUUAAUUUAAAAAGAGGAACAUAGAUGAUAAUAUAGUUCAUAUUAUGUAAUAGCAACAUCUUUUAGUGCUACUGUAAUUAAAGAUCUGUCAAGUUAUGCAUUAUAAAUCUCUGGUUUUAUUUUCUUGUAAACCUUUCCUCUAUUCUGAAACUUCAGGCUGUUGGAGAUUUUAGUUGUU